GUAAAUUAUUUGUCAAUCUAUUUUAUGGAAAUGGAAACCCUAAAAAACACCUUCUUGUACUAAUAUUGGCAUAGCAAUAAUCGAAUUCUAUUUGAAGGCCGUCUCAUGAUUGGCCCUAAAACAGACAUACUAGCUAAUUUGUUUGUCUGGGGAUUGGUCCUAGUAUUUCCAAUCCCCUUCUACUUGUCCACCUGGGAUAAGACUUGGGAUAUCUCUCCAGCUAUUCCUUUCUUGACGAUAUUCCUGUAAUUGACCACUAUUAUAUUCCUACUCCUCACAUCCACUACAGAACCAGGCAUUAUUCCUAAGAAAUAACUGCAGUUAGUAGCAGGAACCAAUUUUUUCUUGGAUCAAUUUCCAGAUUCCAGAUUUUGUGAAACAUGCGAGAUUUACAAACCUCUCAGAGCCUCCCAUUGUAGUGAUUGUAACAAUUGCGUAUUAGUCUUUGACCAUCACUGUCCAUUUGUGAAUAAUUGCAUCGGGAAAAGAAAUUAUAGAUAUUUCUUUAGCUUCCUAAUAUCAAUAUUUGCAUUUGGAUUGGCAGUCACAAUUUCAGCUUUGUUAUGUCUUUCGACGGUGAGCGAUUAUGAGGAUCAAAAGACAUUAGUUAUUUUAUUUUUAGUUCCUGUUAUCAUUGCCUCCUUGGUCGUGUUGAUAUUUUUUUUGUUUCACGUAUUCUUGAGGAUUACGGGGAAAACCACAAGAGAAAAAUUGAAAUAAAUAUCCAAAACUGGAGACGAAGAUUUUGAUUGGUUAAACUUGAACGAAAGUUUGUUUUCAUUGAGACUUUUAAUUUGA